AUGCUGGCAGAAGAUAAGCACAUCCACCAAUGGCCAUGGUUUCCGACUCAGGGUAGCCAAAAGGGCGAUGCAGUCACAUACGACGCAAACCGUAACUUCGACAGCAUUUACGAAGCAUUCUUCGCUAUCGAACGUAGUCCAUGGUGGACACGCAUGUGGACCGUCCAAGAAGCCAUCUUACCCAAAACGGGCCUCUUGACCUAUGACACAUGGACAAUGUCACUUCAAAGUGUCAUCGCUGCUGGGCAGAGUUACUUCGGGCACUUCCUCAAAGAUUGUUGUCAACAUGCCGCUUUGCAAUUACCGAUGAUUAUCAGAUCGACAGCAGAAAUGUUUUGCCGUCUAGCUGUGAGUUUCUACGGGGAUCGCAAAGGUAGUGAGUUUGAAGACAACUUGUAUGAACGGCACACAGCAUUUGGCUACCGAGAGUGUAAGGAUCCCCGCGACAAGGUAUACGGGCUGUUAGGCAUAGCUGGGAACUCGUUUCUUACGCCUGAUUACACUCUAUCUAAAAGCGAAGUCUUCUUUCAGGCUACUUACAGUAUGCUUUCCGUCAGCGGAGGUACUUUGCAGAGUCUAACAGGUCCUCAAUAUGGUCCAGCACCGGGCAAGUGGGCGACGUGGGUGCGCAACUUUGACGCGCCUUCCAACUAUAUAGAGGCUGGUAUCGCUUGGGACAGGCUCAUACUGCACAAUUCCGGCAUCUAUAAUGCUUGCAAUAGUCAUAGGUCGAACUCCGUGUUGCUUAUGGCUCGUGCGCGACCAGAGAGCGAUAAGGCGAGCCAGGUGGGACUCGAGACAGUAGGUAGGCGUGUAGGAAUCGUCGCUUUUGCCUCUCAAGCCAGAGCUUCCAUGUUCGAGCGCCAUGAUAUGAGAAACAGCUUCAGGCGAUGGAUGUUGGAAGCGCUUGACUGGGACGUCAUGCAUAAACCAGCCUACGCCAGCGCCUCAGGCAAUACGUGCGAAGAUCCAAAUAUUGUCAUGAGUCUUUGGCGGACACUGCUAGGAGGCACAGGAAUAAAAGCUGGUAUCGGGUUCGAGGACUGGGACAAGUUCGUCCCAACAGCGAUAUCAUUACUGGCCGAGUUUCUAGCAUGGCUUAGAGAAGAGAUCGAUCAGCUGAGCUACACGCUUAACUCUAGCCUUUUCAUGUCAACACAUGGCCGAUGCUAUUUCAAAGCUGAAAAUGAUGACCACGGUCUCUGUUAUCCGGGAACUUGUAUUGGGGACGAGGUAUGGGUCUUGGACGGUGGAAGAGUACCGUUUAUCCUACGACCCGCUCAUCUAGAUCGAGAUGGGAAACAAGCACUAAGGCCCUUGGAUGAGGAAGCUUUCAGAGACUAUGGGCGGUAUGAGUUCAGGGAGGAUCGCCGGUCUGAGAUGGCGCCUGAAGGAUACUACCAAUUCAUUGGCGACUGCUAUUUCGAUGGGGUUAUGAACGGCGAAGCGGUUCGCAACAGCACAUUCCGAGAACAAACUAUCAUAUUGGUUUGA